GUACAUGUAAGGUCAAAGACUUGGAAAGCUCGCCAGCCAGCAUUACUAUUGCCAAAAGAAUUCGGCCAAAACGAAAUGCUUGGCCACCCCUUCCACAGGUGGUUUGCGCGCCUCUGUCUCACCUGUGUGAUAUCUGGUAUCGUGCUGGUGCAACUGGGGAAGUAAGAAAGAGGUGAGCGCCAUUAGCUUUCAUUGAGAGAUUGCUAGCGGCGGCAAGGCAGACGAUCAGUCGUUCCGCGCUCGCGAGACACACUGUAGAGUGCUUUCGAUUUCCGGGCAUCAUUCCGUUGUCCGCUCCGGUCUCCGGCAUCUGGCUGUUUACGCGCGACGGUGUUGCUCGUGAUAAGCGCAGGAUUCUUAGGAUCGCUAUGGGGUGUAUUUUGUGGAGUAAGCAGGGGUUCCUGAUCAUUUCUACCAAAAAGUUAUAAGGGUUAAAAAUGGGAGCUUGGAGGUUGUAGGGGUUGGAGUAGGGGACAAGUUCGUCGCUAACUUCUUUCUAAGAAGAGGUACUCCUGCUUCUCACUGCAUUAUCUGCGACUCACAGCAUAGAAAACAAGAAGACCAUGCUACCAACUGUCACCAGAACGGAACUGAAAGUUUCCAGAAGCCUGAACCCCGAAGACACGCAAACUCUAAACGUAAUGACUAGAGACGGCAGUGUUGCUCAACUCAUCGUCAAACGAAGAGAUGGUAAAGCAAAAGCACCUCAAACACCUCAAGUGCCAUUGACCUCAGCCUACCAGAACUACUACAAUGAAGUGGACUUUGAUAAGCGCAAACCUUAUGAUAGUUUAAAUAGUGGUGAGACAGUGGGAUCAGUGGGAUAUGGACAGGCUGUGAUAACUAACUGGGUUCCGUUGUCUUCUGUGUAUUAUCAGCCUAACAUCAUCAGGCUGGACACCAUAGCUGUGGUGAGGAACGCCAGUGAUAUGAAGCCUAGCCAUGGAACGCUGGGAAAUGUCAUAGAUAGUGACAGAAUCCCACACAUCCUUCCUAAACCAGUCAACAUACGCUCUGAAGAAGUCUUCGUGAAAAAUAACAAAAACAGCAAGGAUCAGAAAAGGGGAAGAUCAUAUAUGGAAAUUGACCAUGACGGAGUUCCAGUGGUUCAUGGUGUUAGAGUUCCAGAUGACCCGUCGGAUACCAAGACUUGGCGAAAUGCUAGAGUUAUUAAUGGUGAAUUAGUGCCAUAUGAAAAAGGAUACAAACCUCCAGCGGCUAUCCCUAUGGGUGAACUAGUUUACGCCAGCAAUGUCCCAGCACCUACCACUGUCACUAAAUCGCUGGGUCCAUUUUCCAAAGAGGACAAUUUCAAGAGUCCCAAAACACAGGAGCGCACGCAUUCCAUGGGACCAUUUACGGUCAAAGAUAACACGGAAUCAGAUGACAGCGAGAAAUCCUUCGUGAAAUUCAGCAGUUCAGGAGUUGGACCAUUUUCAAAGUCGGACAAUUCGAAAGCCUCCGGAACGAAGCUCAUAGACUAUAUCAAGGAAAUCAACGCUAGGGAGUCUGUCAAGGAUUACUUUAACAGGAGACAAUACAGAUCGUAUGACCAGCAGGAUAAUCCACAGCAGUUCCAGAGGAGGAUGCUUCAUUAUGAAGGUGAACCGUCCUAUCCAAAUUCAGCAAUGUACACACCGCAAACUACCAAGCUUAGUCCUGUAACAUUCAAUGAAGGUGUAAGGACACCAGUAUUGCAGUACGCUCAUCCGGAACUAGGUGUACAACCUGCUAAAGCAACGCCAGAAGAAGAACCUAUGGCACAGGAAUCUAUCCAAGAUAAGCCGAUCUAUUCCACUGCUGGUAACAGGAGAUCCCAGUAUUACGACGACAACAGUAUCAACAACAUUGAAUACUACAGGAAAGAUGUUUUGAACUACCCCUACAACACCUACUACAUCAAAACUAAAACGGAACAACCCUUAUGGCUGAAGAUUACCGAGAGCAUCAAGGACAACGUCCAAACCGGCUUCGAAAGGAUGCAGAGGUUAACUAGGCCAGUGAUAGAGCCAUUGAUGGAAGCCACCCAGAAGAUUUCACACAAUUUGGGCUUUUCGAGAGGAACACCCAAGGCACAAGAUAAGGUGGGCCUGAUGACACCUGCUGGUACUUCUGUAAUCCUUCCUGCAUUAGGACUGGUUGCCGGUGGUGCUGCUUUAGGACUCGGAGCAGCUGCUGUUGGUAGGCUUCUGAAUGUCAACGAAAUGCGUUCCCUUCAAGACCUCAACCAAAACAGCAGAUCGUACCACGAAGUAAACCCAAACAACAUACUAUUUAUCAUGGAGGAACCCAAACAGAACAAGGAAGAAGAGAGGAAACGGUUCAGGAGGAACGUUGAAGACGAGUUCUACAUGCAAAAACUAGCGAGCAGCGUGGAGAAAGACGUCCACCUUCACACGUUGUCAGCGCCACACUUCUGGUCAGAUACGCCUUGCUCCAAAAGGAUAUUCUGCGAGGUGAUGACUCAUCAGAAUCCCGAUGAGGUGCUGUUUAUGGAGAAGAAGAUGGAUACAUUGAUGUCCUCGGUACAUCCAGACGUACAAAGGGCGGUGGCGCACCACCUCCAGGAAGUGAUGGAUGCAGUAAAAAUGCGUGAAUGUUCUAAGUUUGUUUGCAAAAGACGUUUCUUUCUACCAGCCCCAGCAGCGUAGUGCUACUACGUUUCAACUGUAAUGCCUCUAUAAAUAGAAGUUUGAAACGUAUACACCUGAAGACCAAAAUAAUCGACAAGUACCUAUAUUAUAAUAUUAAUAGAAUUUUGCCUUAAUGACACUCCUAAAUUAUUUUUCGCUCAUGUCGUUGAUAUCAAGGAGUGCCGAGUUAUUUACCCUUCUAAUCUAAUAUAGGUAGCAAAUAAGUUUCGAGCAGGGGAAAUUUUGUAAAAAUCAACUUAACCUUUUUAAUAGUUUGUACGAAAUAAAUAGUUUAAAUGAGGUGGACCAUGAAAGGCCACUAUAAAUAGACAGUUAUUAUUUCUUUAUUUACUGGAUAAUUGAGACAAACAAAUUAUUAAUUAAUAAUUUAUUUUAUUAAGUAUUUUAUUAAACAUUUAGCAUUUAUGUUUUGUUACAUUCUCUGUGUUCUUCAAUUCGAUAGGUGGCAGUGUGAGUUAUCAUUGCAUGACUUUUUAAUAAUCGCCGUUACAAGGAGCCAAGGCCUUCCUUGGUCCACCCACCUUACUGACUUUUCAAAUAAAUACGAGUGAAAUCUAGUUUGGGAUGGAAAGAAAUUGGACAUUUUCGCCUAUUUGACCUGAUUAUCAGGUUUUGUUUAAUACUCUCGACUCGACUUGAUUUAUUGUAACUUGUACAUAGAAACUCGUGCUCUUUGGAGUUGUAUAUAACUUCCUUUGAGCAAUAAGUACUCAAUUGAUAUCGGAUCCGUAAUAGUUAUGGGUGAAUUUUCUUGUUCCUUAAAAAAUAAUAUGAGUCCGUAGAAGUCUGAAAGCAACUAGGUCAAGUCGUAAAAUGUUUAAAAAACCUUAUUAAAAUUCCAUGCUUUUCUGGCCAAGUGAAAAUACCAACGUCCCGGCCACUUCGGUGGCCUUCUACAGACUAAAAAAUGGCAUUCAAUUCCAUCCAUAUGAAAGGUUCCAGGUGUUAUAUUUAAAACCUUAUUUCUGAUGAUGGGACCCACAAUAGAGUAAAAAUAAACCGUAAUACGUACAAGUUUGAUGCAACGGUAUGCAGUUCAGUUUUAGACGUUUGAAAAAUUGUCAGGACAUGAACAAUAAAACUCACCCUAAAUAUAAUAAGUACCUACUCGAAUUUUUGUAGUUUCUCAUGAAACGUUGUAUAUAUAGGGGGUGAGAGAAUAUUCUUAGGACUAUAUCAUUUCAAUUUUACGUAAACUCAACAAAAGUCACAAUAAUUCUUGCAAUAAUAGCUGUAUUAGUUACGUCGCUGCUGGGACACUAACAUUGCUCAUAAUACCAUACAUUAACUGACUGAACUAGCUUAGAAAGUUGAAAUGAUAUAUUUACUUACUUCGUGAUAAUAUUGUAAAUAGUUGCUAUUUAUAUUUUUAUAUUAAUGUUAUUGGAGGAAAAUUGCUAUUUUCCCAAUAUGCACUGGAUGUUAUUAUGAGGUACCAAUUUGUAGAUAUCAUUUAAGAAAAAUUGUAUCAUUGUUCAAUGUAGAUAAUAAAUUUUUUUUAUAUAUCAAUCAUGGCUGACUUUGUGGUUAUUUACUCAUUUCCACAAAUUUUGAUUAAAAAUGUGUAGAAGUGUAUUUUGAAAAUGUUCACUCUGUAAAGUUAAGC